UGUAGCAUUAUUCAUUGGGGAGGAGAGCGAGCAAGUUCUCGCUCAGUUACGGAGUGGAAGUGCAGGAGUGUGGAUGUGUUUAGUGAACCGAUUUUUUAGUUUUUUUAUUCCUGUCUCCCCAUUUCGGAAAAUCCGUUUGCAUUUAGGAAACUUGAUUUUGUGCGCGUGGUGGUGCCCGUAUCACCAUGGAUAGUGGCGGUGGAAACACAGGUUCUUCUGACCCUGCUAAAACUAGUACGGUAGAGACUGCGACAAAUUCUCUGCCGGGGUGUGGCUGUUCCUCGGCAAAUAACAUAACUGUUCGCGUCACGCCAACCACAGGAGGCCAGUUUGAUCUUCAAGUUGCGAAAACCGAAAGUGUAGAAAACUUCAAGAAACUAAUUUCUAAGAAGCUUAAAGUGCCCAAAGAAAGGAUAUGUUUGUUACAUCGAGACAGGCAACUCCGGGAAGGGACGUUGCAAGAAAAUCAGCUAAUGGAUGGCAGCAGACUCACUUUAUUACCUAGUGUCGAGACAGGUCUUUUGGCGCAGAGACCAGAGCAGAGCGUAAUGCAAGCUCUGGAGAGCCUUAAUGAUACUCAGGUGAACGACUUCCUGUCGGGCAAGGCGCCGCUCAACCUGACGAUGCGGCUCGGGGACCACAUGAUGCUGAUCCAGCUGCAGCUCUCCACCGUCACGCCGUCCUCCUCGCGACGUUCCAGCGGUGGCACCAGCAGCAGCAGC